ACCCACUUGUGCCAUAAAACCCAGCGCUGUCCGAGGGCCGUGGCUUCACUUUUCUCUGUCAUUUUUUCCGCUGUCCGAGUCAAGGACUUUCAUCGAAUCUUCGCAAGCUUUUCCAUCUUCGUUUCCAAGCAUCUACAUACCCACCUACAAUGGCAGCAAUGGGCACCCGUGGAACCAUUACUCAGGCCGCCAAUUUCAAAGCCGAGGAGGAUGUGGAGAAGUUCCGCGGUGCUAUGAAAGGAGCAGGUACCAAUGAGGCUGCCAUUAUUGAAGUCGUGGCCCAUCGCACCAUUGCCCAGAGGCAGCAGAUCAAGGCUGCCUACAAGCAGAGUGUUGGGAAGGACCUGGAGGAUGACAUCAGGUCGGAGCUGACGGGGAACUUUGAGAAGGUGGUGGUGGGCCUCAUGAUGACAGCCACGGAAUACGACGCCUACGAGCUUCACAACGCUAUCAAGGGUGCUGGAACUGAGGAGGCCUGUCUCAUCGAUAUCCUCGCCUCCAGGACCAGUGAUGAAGUCCGGGCAAUCAACGAAUACUACAAAAAGAAGUAUGAUAACACCUUGGAGGACGAUAUCGCUGGUGACACCUCCGGCAUGUUCAAGAGGGUGCUGGUCUCUCUUACCACGGCGGGGCGUGACACGAGUGACAAAGUGGAUGAAGCACUCGCAGCUCAGGACGCUAAGGAGAUCUUUGAGGCCGGAGAAGCGCGUUGGGGGACAGACGAGGUGAAGUUCCUGACAGUUCUGUGUGUGAGGAACAGGAAACAUCUCCUCAGAGUGUUCGAGGAGUAUCAGAAGGUGUCUGGGAAGGAUAUUGAAGAGAGCAUCAAGAGAGAAAUGUCUGGCUGCCUGGAGGACGUCUUCCUGGCCAUAGUGAAAUGCAUAAGAAACAAGCACGCCUUCUUUGCAGAGCGCUUGUACAAAUCCAUGAAGGGUCUGGGAACCACAGACAGCAUUCUGAUCCGGCUGAUGGUGGCGCGCGCAGAGAUCGACAUGCUGGACAUCAAAGCCGAGUUCCACAAAAUGUACGGCAAGACCCUCCACUCCUUCAUCAAGGGUGACACGUCGGGAGACUACCGCAAAAUCCUGCUGGAGCUAUGUGGAGGCGAUAACUAAAAGGUCACAUGAAGGUCAGCGAAGCGAAGCCCAUGAAGGAGGACCCCCCCCAACCCCCCUUCUCGAAAGCGUUGUUGCUAACCGUAUACUAGUAUCUUAGCUUAGCAGGUUGCCAAUGGGAAAGUGCAUUGUAAAAUAAAGAGAACAGGACAGCACUCCAAUUUGUGUACUUCUAUUGCCCGUCAGACGUCUUUCCUUCUUAACUUUCUUCUGUGUCGGGCAAAAAAAAAAAAGAAUGAGCACCCAAUUGCUUUGUACUUCGGUUGAGCUUAGCGCGUUAUACCACUUAGUUUAAAGUGCAUUGUAACCAAUAAACUACGUAAGUUGCUAACCUACUGCUAUAUAGUUAGCAACAAUGCUGUCAAGAAACGCACGCCAGGUCAGCACAUGGAUGACUCCGCCCCGCCGUGACCUCAUUAUGACCUCUGGUGCUCCGCCCCGUUGUGUGGCCCAGUGUCCGCUUAUUUCUACAGUUCCUCCACCAGCUUAUUUGGGAGCCUUAUUAUUGUCAUUUUUUAAAACAAUAAAUGCAAUAAUGUUAACAUUUUUUUCUAUUUUGUACCAAAUUGCUUCAAAGUUGUCAUCAAGUUUUGUGUAACAGAAAAAAAAACAAAAGAAAAAGAAUGGUCGUUGCUUGUGUUUCGCCCGCUCCUGUUUUUUUUCAGUAAAUGUAUUUUUCAACUCCA